CUGAAAUUACUUACGUGAUAAAACAUGAUGUGUUUUAAUAUUAUAAAAUCAAACAAUAUUUAAAAAUUCAAAGCUCGAGAGGUGCACUACGUAUGUGCCGCUGUUUUAGGUUAUAUUCGAAAAUCGAGUCUUUAUGAAGCUCUGCGCCCCAAGAGUCUUGAAUGCAAUGACGCGGCCAAAGACGUUGCGUUAGUAGCGGUGGUCCUUUGAAUGUAACCGUAUCAUAAACUUGUGCUAUUUCUUUUGGAAUUUCGCUGCUAGGAUCAACUUCUCUGCAGAAAGAUAUUCAACUUAUUGUAUUUGAGGUUAUGUCUACGCAUCGCUUGUAUUAACCAUUUCUAUCCCGCAAUUUUUCAAUGUUCAUUACAUUACAAUGGAAGAUUUUAUUCCGACGCGGGUGUCGAGGAUGAAAAAAGACGUUGCAGAAGAAUUCGUAUCAGUUAAUUAUAAGCAGCCAAGGAAAAAGGUAAAGGAUAAUGUUAACUUUGGAGACGACAAAGAAAAGACAGAUGCACAGGACAACACUAAAGAAGAUCAAAAAAGGAAACAAGAAUUAGAAAUGAAACGUUUUAGAUACGAAGUUAUGAGAUUUGGUAUAUCCGGCUUUGAAAAAGCAAAGGCAAAGAAAUCAAAAAUCGAGCUUGUUUUAAAUUUAGGCGCAAAACCUCCUAAAAACAGGAGAGUAAAUUAUAAAACAUUGAAAAUGCAAAAAGCAAGGCAAAAGGAAAAGCAACAAAACGAGAAAGAUGUAUCGGGAGCUGCGAGUAGUAUGGUAAAACAUAAAACUACAAAGAUUCGUAAGAAAAAAUCUGAUAAUAUAUUGGAGGUUUAUGGAAAAGUGAGCGAUAAACCACAGAGUAAAAAAAAAAAAAAGAUGAAAUUUUAACUGUAAAUGUUUAAAAUAGUUUUAGUUGUUUCAUCGUAA